CGAGCAGCAGCGGCAGUCUGCACUCGGGAGCAGGGAGCGGGGCUUGUCGCUGCUUACGGCUCGGCCCGGGGACGUCGGUGCUUCGCUGGGCCCAUCUCUCCGCCCUCAACAUGGAGUUUUUAAUGGGGAAUCCGUUCAGCACGCCGGUGGGGCAGCGUAUCGAGAAUGCAACCGGCUCCAGCCUGCCGGCAGAAGACUGGGCACUCAACAUGGAGAUCUGCGACAUGAUCAACAGCUCCGAGGAAGGACCCAGAGACGCAAUCAGAGCCUUAAAGAAAAGGAUUGUGGGGAACAAGAACUUCAAGGAGGUUAUGCUGGCGCUCACUGUGCUGGAGACGUGUGUGAAGAACUGCGGCUACAGGUUUCACGUCCUGGUGACGACGCGGGAUUUUGUAGAGGGGGUUCUGGUCCGGGCGAUCAUCCCGAGAAACAACCCUCCAUUGGUGCUGCAUGACAGAGUGCUCAGCAUCGUACAGGCGUGGGCUGAUGCAUUCCGUAGCUCCCCCGACCUGACGGGCGUGGUGUCCGUGUACGAAGACCUGCGACGGAAGGGACUUGAGUUCCCCAUGACAGAGCUGGACGGUUACUCACCCGUCCAAGCCCCCCAAAAGACUUUGUCUGGGAACGGGCCUGCUGUCACUACUCUCCCUGCUGUGCUCCUCUCUUCCAAACCUCCGCUCAUCCCACCCCAGACUUCUGAGCUAAAACUGGCCCUAGAGGGAAACAAUGCCUUCACUCCCAGCCAGAUAAAAAAGCUGAAGACAGAGCUGGGUGUGGUGCGAACCAACCUGACUAUGAUGUCAGACAUGAUGAGUCAGCUGGAUCCCGUCACGGUAAAACAAGCCGACAUGGAGCUGCUGGAGCAGUUAUACACAGUGUGUAAGGAAAUGCAAGACAGGAUAGUGAAGAUCGUCCCCAGACUCAGUGAGGAGAGGCUGAUCGAAGAGUUGCUGGCAGCGAACGAUGAGAUGAACACCGCCUUCACGCGCUACCACAGGUUUGAAAGACGAAUACCAAAUGGUCAAAACUCCGCAGAGAAGAAUCACACAUACGUCAACCUAGCAGACCUGGACUUGACACCAGAGUCCGUCAGCCAAUCAGGGAUUGCGUCAGUUACCAACGACAGCGCGUACAGCCUCUCAAAAGCUGACAGUUUGUCCAGUCAGAUGGCGAGACUUAGUACAAGUGAAUUAGACGACCCGUUGUCACAAAACUUCAACGUCUCAACUCAACAAAGACCAAGCGAGCAGAGUGACGGUGCAGUGGACGGCCUGGCUCAGGCUCAGCACAGCAGACUACACAGCGCUCUAACGGACGACAGCCCGGCCUCCACCCGCAGCUCCUCCCCUAAGUUAGAUUGGAUGAUUAAAAGGGGAAUGAUUCCUAUCAACCAGUCCACUGUAAUGGAUGAUAUUGAGAAAUGGCUGGAGUUGGAUGACGAGUAUGAUGACUUUGAGGAUUCAGACGGUGUGACCAGUGAAGAGUUUGACAGGUUUUUGGCAGAAAGAGCGAAAGCAGCCGAGCGUCUGCCAUCGGUGAGAGCUUCCCUGCAGGAUGCCAACAACUCCGAGUCUUAAGCUACACCAGGAACCUGCCAAACUAACAGCACUCCCCAAGCUCCGGCGCCAUCGGCUCACAAAUGUAGGGGUUUCUUUUAGACCAACGGAAGAUUGGCACAUUUGACGUGGGAAUUACAUCCCAUAUCUGGGGAAGGACGUCUUAGUUGUGUAUACUGCUCUUUACUGCGGAGCAAACUUCUUCUUUUUUUUUUUUUUUACUGAUAAUAAUGCUAUUCGAUGAAGGGCAGAGGUUUUUACUUGCUGUUGUUAUGAGGGUUUGUCCAUGUGUGGAAUGCAAACAUUUGCACAUUUUAUAUGGUUACAUUCCUGCUGUUAGAAAAAAAGAGAGAGGAUAUUGUUACAAAAAAAACACUUUUACAACAUAGGUUAUGUAUUAUAUUGCUGUGAUAUAAAUAUAUAUUGUAAGACAUGACGAUGGGUUACAAAAGAAACGUCCCUGUCAAAGAAGCAAACGCUGUUAACUUGUAUGUAAGAGAAGCUCGGUUACAUUACGUAACAAAAUAGUUUGAUGCCUCACAUCUCUGAACGAUGGUUUUUCCAUCCAACAUUCCCGUGUGAAGAUGUUUGUUUAACAGGAAGUCAUGACAGACCGCUGUCAUCUAAUAAACUGAAACUAUUAACUGGAA